CGCGUGUCCAUCGCAAUGAAACUUCUAGUGAAUCGUUAAAAACCGAAAAUACAAUGAAGGUGCGGGACAAAAGGUCCUGCUGGCAGCAGAUUUUGACCAUAUUGCACACCGAUUCGUUUCCACCGGCGGAAUGGGAAGAGAUUUAUAAACAUUUCCUUGAAAGCUUUGACAAUCCGUACUGCAUCCGAAGCAAUAUUAAUCCUUAUUUGCCGCUUAGGAACCAAUUCCUGGUUCGACCCACGGAAAUCCUUCCGAAACCGGUGGCCCCAGGUCCGAAGACUUCACUAUUCCUCCCACCCGCCAAUUCCGUUAAGCGUCAGGACGCCAAUGCUCUUAAUCCCAACGGCCGUCGGAAAUCCAUAGUGUAUUCUGCUCCAACUAAAAAUCCUAAUGUUCCUGCUAAAGAUCGAAGAGCUUCAAGGAGUUCCACUGCUAGUUCCAAGCAUCAGCAUCCCUCCGAAUCGCAAGAUGUUUCCGCCUGGAAGCCUAAUAAACGACGAGAGUCCAGUGCAAGUGCCUCCACAUCUAAGUCCACUCAGUCUUUCUUGAAUUCCAUUGAGCGCCGAAAUACAUGUGCCGUAGAUGCUCCCAUCUUUACUCCAAUCGGGCGGCGAGAUUCAUGUGCAUCCCAAUAUGACCCUAUCUGUAAUCCCAUCAAGCAGAGGGAUUCGUGUGCCUCCAGAGAUGAACAUUACUUGAACUCCACAAAUUCAUGCGAUUCAGGUGCUUUCCAGGCGCCCAAGCGUCGAAAUUCAUGUUUUCCUACACAUGGUCCAGCCGUUGCCCUUACUAAGCAAAGAGAUUCAGCUAGCUUCAACAAGCGUCGUAAUACAUGUACUUUCACACACAACCCACAAUUCACAAUACCCAAUCCUGUCGAGGUACGCGAAUCACUGGUCAAUCCUGUUAAGCAGCCCAAGAAUUCUUCUCAGCCCAAGCCUAAAAAUGCCUUGCCACAGUCCAAGCUUCAAAAUGGUUUGCCAAAGCCCAGGAACAGUUUACAGCUUUCGGAGGCAUCAAGCGACGACUUAGAUGAACAUAUCCCGCUCUCCCAAUUGUUUAAGGCUAAAGUUAAUAAACCAAAACCCGUAGCACUAGAUGUUCCUGCCGAACAUUUCAUACCUGAUCCUCCGCCAAUAAAGCGCAAAAGAGGACGUCCCUCGCUCCACGAGAAAGCGCAGCAGCUGGCCCGACUGGAGGCGGAGCAGGCGCUUAGGGAGCCUAGUUUGAUAAACCAGCGACGGCCAUCCCAAUACGAAAAGCAAAAGACGCAGACCAAACCACUGCAGAAAGCAGCGCAAAAGCAAUUCAAAGGGAUACAGGAGGAAUUUAAAGCGCCAACGCAGCAAAAUGCAUCGCCACAAUUACUGCAGAAAACGCCGCCGAUACACGUUAAGACAACGACGCACGAGAAGACCAUUCAGAACCCGCAAAACUUGCCAAAAUCAUCUGGAAAGCAGCCCGGAAAAUCUCGACUUCAGGGGACCAAGCCAAACGCCUACAACUCACCGCCUCCCAAGAAAAGGACCAUAGCAAACGUUGGCAUAAAAGCAGUAAGCAGUUACAUGGACUUUACAUUACUUAAUAAGUUCCUUUUGUUGCCACAGAUAAGCUCCGAAACACUGCCGAUGCCAGCCCACAUGCCACCGACUCCGAUCAAUUUGAAAUGCUCAGUUAAAGACGAUCGGCCGAGGAAGAACGUAAGUCGAAAGAACAGUCAGUCGAACAGAAGGCACAGCCAUCUCGACGAGCACAACUAUAAUAAGUCUAGCUUCGGCUGUAAGCCCCAGAGACGGAAGCUCUAUAUGCCCGACAAAAGUGACACCACCAUCGGAGAUCAGCUGGUGGACGACGCCAUGGAGCUGACCAGUCCCGUGGGCGGCGGCGAGGCCAGCGCCGAUGGAUUCCGCCCAAAGGACGAUAAUGACGUGGCCCAUGAAAUUGAACUAUUUGACACGCCGAUGGAUCUGUUUCGCGAGGGAGAGGAGAUCGAGCGCUGUCUGGAGAACUUCAGCAAUAAAACGCCCAGCGAGAUCGACCAUCAGCUGGCCAACACCACGGAGUUCUUCGAGAAGCUGCCGAAUCUGUCCGCGACGGAGGAAAAUAAGUCCGAUUUGGUGGGCAUCUUCAUGGGCGAACAUGAAGAAUUGGACUACGAGGAGGACGACGACGACGAUGUGCUCUCGGUGGCUGCCUCUUGGGAUGGACUCGAGGACGAGAUUAUACCUGAGCCCAAACCAAAUGAAAAUCUAAAGGCCACAGCGACUUUACCUGAGCUUAAACCGAUAGAGCAACCGAGAGCUGUGGAGCAGAACCUCAAAUCAGGUUUGAAGUCUCUUGAGGCAGUUGUCGACCCAAAAGUGCCAAAAGUGCCGCACACAAAGCCGUUUCGGAUACCCAAGUUAAACGCAGAAGAACUCAAGACACAACCGUCCGUGAUGCGAUCCCUCUACGAGCAGGAGGAGUUGGAUAAGAAAAAAAAGACUCCAGUGCCAGCGCCAUCGAUUGAUCUCCCGGUAGCUGCAUCCAGUUACAAAGAGCGGGAAGAGGCAACAGCUGCUCGACGGUCCAAAGAGUCAGUGCCGGUGUUUGCACCACCUUAUCGAGUGCCAUCCCAAGCAGUUCCCAUGGUCAGUGCCAGCAUUCAGCCAUGCAUGCCUGAGUUCGCGCCCAAACAACAGGACAAUUCCUGGAUAAGAGUCGUGUUUGGUGUCCAGUGCAUGCAGUCUGUGGACAACAAGUGCCGUGCCUUUAACUGCGAUCACUCGUUGAGCAGUUCGGGCGAAGUCCAGAGCCGUUUGAUAAGGAUGGACGAGGAGACCUUAAUGAACAUGUAUCGACACAUGCUGCGAUGCCGAUUGCUCUUCCAAACCUUCUUCACCUCGUUUGUGGACGUCUUCGAGCUUCGCCAGCUGCGGGAGCGUCUGCUGAACAUGCUGGCCGACUGUCGUCUGCACAGAGGCAUCUCUGCGCCUCUGGUGGCGCACGCCUAUGGAGCGCUCUAUAAAUGCGGCCUGCAGAAGGAGGCCGUGGCCUGCAUUAUGGAGCAACUGUGGCUGCCACGCAAGGCGCACAAGUUUAGGGAUCUGACACUGAUGAUAUUGCGCAUAGUGUCGAGCGCCAACUGGGAAGCGUAUUAUGACGAACUGGUGGAGCUGGACAAGGAUUUCAAGUUCACGUUGCCGCUAGAAAACUUGAUCACAAUACUUCAAUCGUCUAUGCAACAGGGAGACAAAUUUGAAAAGGCUGCCAGCUUGAUACUGCUUCAACCAAAUGCUAUGUGUAAGAAUGAAACUAUUAUGUCGUUUCUAACAGCGGCAUCAAAGUGCUAUAAUCAAAAUGAGCAUGCCAGUUCAAACCUGCGAGCACCAGGAGCAGAUUAUGGUCCUCCAUCGCUUAUUGCAGCCCCUUCUACUGGACAGCAACAGCGUCCACCUUUUAGAAGACAGUCCGCAGUCCAUAGCUUUAGAGAUCCACCAAUGAGCACAAAUAAUUUUAACGGAAACAAUAGUUUUUAUAGCUCCAGCGACUAUCCAAACAGUUUAAGUAAGCAGCGCCAACGAAUGUAAUUAUAUCUGAAAUGAUCUGGUAUCGAUUCAGCCCUCCUUUUGACAUUUAGCAGUAUCUCUGCAUCACACUUGACAUUACUAAACAUAUCUGAUUGAUGGGAUUUGCCAUUUUUACAAUUAUUUUGUAUUGUGGAAUUGA